AUGGCGUCUCCGCAGGGGGGGGCAGGAGAUGGUGUUGAGCCAGACUUUUCCAUGCAGCGGUCCCGAUGGGCUACUCGGAAGUUGACGGUGAAGAGCAGCUCCAUAAAGCGUCUCUCGCUAAUGGGGAGGAAACACACCAACAAGGGCAUGGCGAACGAGAAGAAGAGGGCAUCUGGAGGGACCGACGCCUUGCCGCCCGCCGAUGAGGAGCAAAAAGAUGACACCAGUGUCGAGGAGGAGGUCUUCGAUGGCCCGGGGCCGAGGCAGCUAUUCUUCAACAACCCUCUGCCGCCCGAGCUUCAGGACGAGGACGGGUACCCGUUGCAGCAGUACACGCGAAACAAGAUUCGAACCGCCAAAUACACGCCGCUCUCUUUCGUUCCCAAGAACCUGUUCUUCCAGUUCCAAAACAUCGCCAACAUUUUCUUCCUCUUCCUCGUUAUUUUAGUUAUCUUCCCUAUUUUCGGCGGUGUCAAUCCCGGGCUCAAUGCCGUCCCCCUAAUAUUUAUUAUCUGCGUCACGAUGAUCAAGGACGCCAUUGAAGACUACCGACGGACGAAUCUCGAUAACGAGCUCAACAAUGCGCCCGUUCACCGGCUGUUGGGCAAGAAGAACGUCAACGUGCGGGAGGAUAAUGUCUCGGGGUGGCGGAAGUUCAAGAAGGCCAACUCCCGCUUCUUCGGCUCAAUAUGGCGCGCGAUGGAGGGGCUGUGGAAGAAGGACGAGCCAGGCCACCAGACCUUCAAGACGGCCGACCCACGCAUGUCUAUCGAGACAAGGACCACCCCUUGGGAACCCGUUGCUUCGCCGCAUUCUCGCCAAUCGGUCGCCUCGGCACAUGAAGAUAUCCAAAUGACGCCAGUGCCGUCGCCCUUGCCCCGCGACGCCGAUAUGCCCACGAUCUCGUCCUCGAUGGGAAAUGAGGCGCUGCUCUUGCAAAAUCUCAAGGGCGACCUGAUCAACAAAGAGGUGCCCAUCUCGGGAGAUGCGAGGUUUCACAGAGAUGCUUGGAAGAGCUUGGUGGUCGGGGACUUCGUGCGCAUUUACAACGACGACGAACUCCCCGCGGACAUCAUCAUUCUGUCGACGUCGGAUCCAGAUGGCUCUUGCUACGUGGAGACGAAGAACUUGGACGGCGAAACUAACCUCAAGGUUCGAUCGGCUCUGCGAUGCGGGCGGACGCUAAGGCAUGCUCGCGACUGUGAACGGGCCCAGUUCGUCAUCGAUAGCGAGCCGCCGCAGUCGAAUCUCUACAAAUAUAACGGCGCGAUCAAGUGGCAACAGCAAGUUCCCUGGGACCCCAAGGCCGAGCCGAGGGAGAUGUCGGAGCCCGUCGGUAUCGACAACAUGCUUUUGCGGGGUUGCAACCUCCGGAACACGGAAUGGGCGCUCGGUGUCGUUGUCUUCACCGGUCAUGAUACAAAGAUCAUGAUGAACGCCGGUAUCACGCCCAACAAGCGGCCCCGUAUUGCGAGAGAGCUAAACUUCAACGUCAUCUGCAACUUCGGCAUCCUUCUCGUCAUGUGUCUGAUCUCGGCGCUCGCGAACGGCAUCGCCUGGGCUAAAACGGACGCCUCCUUGACCUGGUUUGAGUACGGGUCUAUCGGAGGGACCCCGGGUUUGACUGGUUUCAUCACCUUCUGGGCCGCCCUCAUUGUUUUCCAGAACUUGAUUCCGAUCUCGCUCUACAUUUCGCUAGAAAUUGUGAGGACCGCGCAAGCAUUCUUCAUCUACAGUGACAUUGGGAUGUAUUACGACAAGAUCGACCAGCCUUGCAUCCCCAAGUCGUGGAACGUCUCCGACGACGUCGGUCAAAUCGAAUACAUCUUCUCGGACAAGACGGGCACUCUAACACAGAACGUCAUGGAGUUCAAGAAGGCGACCAUCAACGGGCAACCGUACGGCGAAGCGUAUACCGAAGCCCAAGCUGGUAUGAACAAGAGAUUGGGCGUCGACGUCGAGGAGGAAGCGAAGACGAUCCGUGCCGAGAUCGCCGAGGCCAAGGUCAGAGCACUUCGUGGACUUCGGCAACUUCACGGCAACCCGUAUCUUCACGAUGAAGACCUAACCUUUAUCGCUCCCGAUUUCGUCGAUGACCUCGCCGGUAAGCACGGCCCUGAACAACAACAAGCGAACGAACAAUUCAUGCUGGCCCUUGCCGUCUGCCACACCGUUAUUGCCGAGAAGCAGCCAGGGGACCCCCCAAAGAUGCUUUUCAAGGCUCAGUCUCCGGACGAGGCGGCCCUGGUGGCCACAGCGCGUGACAUGGGGUUCACUUUUCUCGGCUCGUCAAACGAAGGGAUUAACGUAAACGUCAUGGGCACUGACAGACACUACACCGUCCUUAAUACCAUCGAGUUUAACUCGAGCAGGAAAAGGAUGAGUGCGAUUGUGAAGAUGCCGGAUGGCCGGAUUUUGCUCUUCUGCAAAGGCGCCGAUAGCAUCAUCUAUGCUCGUCUGAAGAAGGGUGAGCAGGCCGAACUCCGGCUAGAAACGGCGAAGCAUCUCGAGUUGUUUGCCGUUGAGGGUCUCCGGACGCUUUGCAUCGCUCAAAAAGAGCUUACGGAGGAGCAGUACCGCGAGUUUAGGAAAGAACACGACGUAGCCGCCACGGCGCUAGAAAACCGCGAGGAGAAGCUCGAGGAAGUGGCCGAUAAGAUCGAGCGGGACCUCACCUUGUUGGGCGGAACUGCUAUCGAAGAUCGUCUCCAGGACGGCGUUCCGGACACGAUCGCGCUGUUGGGUGACGCCGGGAUCAAGCUCUGGGUGCUCACGGGCGACAAGGUCGAGACAGCCAUCAACAUCGGCUUCUCCUGCAAUCUGCUGAACAACGACAUGGAUCUCAUCCGUCUCCAGGUCAAUGAAGACGAAGCUAGCAUGGCGACCGAGGAGGAGUACCUGGCGAUUUGCGAAGAGCAACUCAACAACGGCCUGGCAAAGUUCCAUAUGACGGGCAGCGACGAAGAGCUGAAGAAGGCCAUGAAAGACCACGAGGCCCCCGCCGCCACACACGCGCUCGUCAUCGACGGCUUCACGCUUCGCUGGGCGCUGAGCGAUUCCCUGAAGCAAAAGUUCUUGCUGCUGUGCAAACAAUGCAAGUCGGUGCUCUGCUGCCGUGUCAGCCCCGCACAGAAAGCUGCCGUCGUCGCCAUGGUAAAGAAGGGGCUCGAUGUCAUGACUCUCUCGGUAGGAGACGGCGCCAACGACGUGGCCAUGAUCCAGGAGGCGGACGUCGGCGUGGGUAUUGCCGGUCUUGAAGGGCGCCAAGCCGUCAUGUCGGCCGACUACGCCGUCGGCCAGUUCCGUUUCUUGCAGAGAUUGGUGCUGGUCCACGGCAGGUGGUCGUAUCGGCGCUUGGCAGAGUCGAUCAGCAACUUCUUCUACAAGAAUAUGGUGUGGACGUGGUCCAUCUUCUGGUACCAGGCCUUUACCGAUUUCGACAUCUCGUACAUUUUCGAGUACACGUACAUCCUCCUGUUCAACCUCUUCUUCACAUCGGUCCCAGUUAUCCUUAUGGGCGUCUUGGAUCAAGAUGUGAGCGAUACGGUGUCGCUGGCGGUGCCCCAGCUCUACCGCCGCGGAAUUGAGCGGAAGGAGUGGACUCAAACUAAGUUCUGGUUAGUGGCGUAUAUGGUUGACGGCAUCUACCAGUCCGUCCUGAGCUUUUUUAUCCCGUACAUCUUCGUCAUCCUCACAACUACGGGGUCCGCAAGCGGGCUUGAUGUCUCGGAGCGCACACGGCUAGGGUGUUAUAUUGCCCACCCGGCUGUCCUCACCAUCAACGCCUACAUCCUUAUCAACACAUACCGGUGGGAUUGGCUUAUGCUUCUCGUCGUUCUCAUCAGUGACGUCUUCAUCUUUUUCUGGACCGGCGUGUACACGUCGUUCACCUACGCCGCCGGGUUCUAUCAGGCCGCCCCGCAAAUCUACGCGGAGUUGACCUUCUGGAUGUGCCUGAUCGUCACUCCAGUCAUCUGCCUCCUGCCGCGCGUUGUGAUCAAGGCCAUGCAGAAGCAGCUGUUCCCUUACGACGUGGAUAUCAUCCGCGAGCAAGCCAAGCGCGGCGACUAUGCCGAUGCCGACGCGGCAGCUGCCGCCGCCGUGAGCGCGACCGAAGGUAUCGAAGACUCAUCAGCCAAAUCGUCGUCCUCGUCAGGCAAGCUGUCCGGGCGGAGCAGGAAGGCGAAGCACGCCCAAUACGCGAGCGUCGACGAGGACAGACGGCCAAUCUACCCGCCCUCGAUCGCAACGCACAACACACGCACGCAGAACGGGAGCGACGGGACGACGUACAUCAUGAGCCGGGCCUCGGCCGAGCUCCAGCUCCAGCAACAGCGGGACCAGCAGCAGCUGCAGCUGCAGCAGCAGCAGGAUGAGAUCGGGGCGGAGCCGGAACGCGCUGCCACGCGGCCGUCGAUAGACCGCUGCAGGCCGUCGUACGACAGGGUACGGCGGUCGAUGGACCGGGUGCGCCCCAGCUUCGAGGCCAGUAACGACUUCACCUCGGCGGCGCGCCUGAGCAGGAUCGAAUCGACGCAUUCGGCGCAGGGGCUCCCGGGCCAGCGGCGGUUCAACCUGACGACGGUGAGGAAGCGGGGGUUGUCUGCUUUCUCCAAGAAGAGUAUUGAUCCAUGA